AUGGUAGACGAAGGUUCUGCCAUAUCAUUGAUCGAAGAUAACGUAGCAAGCCGCUUGGGUCUCAAAGGUAGGAGACAGCCACUAACGCUUCAAUGGUAUGGCCAGAAGUGCACAACCGAGGAGUCAUCGAAAGUCAGCCUUGAGAUAAGAGGCAAAGGUUCGCCAUCAACAUACAGUUUGCGCAACGUAUGCACCCUACGUAGCCUUGAUUUGCCAGCGCAGUCGUUUACAAAAGCCGAUUAUGCCCACUUUGAGUUUUUGCCGAUAGAGGACUACAGCCAAGUCAAGCCGUCGUUGCUGUUGGGCCUUGAUAAUACGUCGUUAAGCGUGCCGUCUACGACUGUACAAGCCAACAGUCAAAGCCCAGUAGCCAUUUGUACCAAACUUGGUUGGAUAGCUUACGGCCCAACCAGUUUGUCGCCACAAACACCAGUCGUACUACAUGUUCGCGAGCGAAAGCGCCCAGCCACACUAAACGAACUUGUCACCGAAUAUUUUGCCGCCGACAACUUUGGAGUAGGUGAGUCGCUCAAGCAGAUUGAGUCUGAGGAGGAUCAGAUGGCCCGCCAGAUGCUGGAAUACAACACUUGCCACGUGGCUAAGCGUUUUGAGAGCGCACUUUUGUGGAGAAGCAUUCCACCAGCACUUCCUAACAGUUACGACAUGGCCUACAAGCGACUGUUAGGAAUAGAACGUAAAAUGAGAGUCGAUUCCAGUUUUGCCGCCAAGUAUAAGGAGGAAAUCACUAAAUAUCUGCGCAAUGGUUAUGCCAGAAAGCUGUCCGAUGAAGAAGUAUGUAUAAAAACAGAUUUUAAAUGGUAUUUACCGCAUUUUGCAGUUCAUAACCCGCACAAGCCUGAGAAGAUGAGGAUCGUGUUCGAUGCAGCCGCCCAAGUCAAUGGCGUAGCAUUGAACUCCGCUUUGCUCAAGGGACCUGAGCACGCCAAGCCAUUAUUGAACAUUUUAUUUAAGUUUCGCGAAGGCGCUGUUGCAGUCGCAGCAGAUAUUCGUGAGAUGUUUUCUCAAGUUGUUGUAAAAGAGCGAGAUCAACAUGCCCAAAGAUUCCUAUGGCGUGAUGGAAACAGUGAUCGUCCAGUGGAACACUACGUAAUGCAGUCAAUGGUCUUCGGAGCCAUAUGCUCGCCGUGCAUAGCAGAAUUUGUGAAAAAUAAAAACGCCGAAGAUUUUCGUCAACAGUAUCCUGUAGCCGUUACAGCCAUAGUCGAAAGUCACUAUGUCGACGAUUUUGUCGCUAGUUUUAAGAACGAGCGAGACGCCGAACGCAUUUGCAGGGAGGUCGUGUAUAUUCAUUCGGAAGGGGGGUUCCAACUGCGAUCAUUUGUCUCAAACAUCAAGCAGCUGCAAGAUAGCCUGAAUAAAGAGCCAACAACGUCACAGUCUGUGAACUUAGAAAGCCGUGCGAACUACGAGAAGGUAUUAGGAAUGCGCUGGAACACGGUGACAGAUUCCUUUGAGUUUCAGCUCAAUUUUCACCGGGUUUCUAAAGCCGUAUUAGAAGGAGUUCGUCCACCAACCAAGCGCGAACUUCUCAGCAUACUCAUGUCAGUGUUCGAUCCGUUUGGCAUACUUGCCGACUUUCUACUGUUUGCCAAAAUAUUAGUUCAAGAGGUGUGGAAGAGUUCCAUCGAGUGGGACGAAGUGAUCCCGAAUAGUUUGCAUCACAAAUGGUUUGCCUGGUGGUGUGAGCUCAGACACGUUAGUAAUGUGCAAGUCAGGCGUUGGUAUUCGCCUCAGCUUCAAGCUGCAAUAUCAAUUCAACUACACGUAGUAGUAGACGCCAGUCAAGCAGCAUUUGCCGCCGCUGCUUAUUUUCGUGUCGCCAGCGCCGAAGGUUGUGAUGUCACCUUUGCGGCAGGAAAAACCAGAGGCGCACCGCAGAAUCUGUUAUCGGUGCCGAGGCUUGAACUGCAAGCCGCAGUUUUAGGCGUCCGACUCGCGAAUCUAGUCUGCCAAGGCCACAGUAUUCAAGCCAGCCAAAUAUUCUUCUGGUCAGACUCACAAACGCUGAUACAGUGGGUCAAUUCGAAAGAGCGAAAAUUUAAACCGUACGUUGGUCACCGCAUCGCAGAGAUAUUGUCAUCAACCAAAACUCCACAAUGGCGUUGGAUACCCACCGACAAAAAUACAACGGAAGUCGCUACGCGUCCGACGUGGCCACCCACGAUCGAACUGCCUAGUCCAUGGUUGCGUGGUCCAGAGUUUUUGCGAUUUCCGGUUGACAGUUGGCCAGCCACAACUUGUACACAUAUGCCAGAUCUGCUAGAGGAAGAAAUCAAGCCUUGCCUUUACAUACAAAACGAGAUGAAACGGAUGACAGCCUGGGUCCUGCGAGCUGCCGACAAGUUUCUACAAUUACAGCGUAACUACGAAAAUGACGAUGAGGCCAGCCAAAGUUCAGCAUUAACCGCAGUUGAACUUGACAAAGCCGAGAAAUACAUCGUCAAAGCAGUACAGCAUGAAGUCUACAAAGAAGAGCCAUCGUGUUAUGAGGAUUCAAGGGCGCUUAGACGAAGCCAUGGUUUUGCCCAUAGAGACAAGGAGACCGAUUUUGAUGCCGUCCAAACACAUCGUCUCCGAGCUCAUAAUGCGCCAGUACCACGAAAAGCAACACCACCAGAAUUUCUCAGUAACGUUGUACGAAGCCCGCCAAAAGUUUUGGUUUACGCACGCCAGAUCAUUGUUAAAAACUGUACAACGUACUUGCGUAAAGUGCCGCAUCGACAGAGCUAA